GUCCCGGCGCCCCGAGCCGGCCGCGCCGCCUCUGCCCCGCGGCAUGUUUUAAAGCCGGCGCUGCCCGCGCUCCUUCGGGCUUUCCUCGCCGCCGCCGUCGGGUCCCGAGCCGCCCCCCCGCGAAGGGCCGGCGGCUGCGGGGGGGGGAAACGGGGGCGGGAGGGGGGGGCGGGUGAGGGCAGAAAAGCCCCGCUCGGCACCAUGGCGUCCAGCUAUGCCCACGCCAUGGAGAGGCAGGCCCUGCUGCCCGCCCGCCUCGACGGCCCCGCCGGCCUGGACAAUUUACAAGGCAAGAAGAACUUCUCCGUGAGUCACCUGCUGGACCUGGAGGAGGCGGGCGACAUGGUGGCCGCGCAGGCGGACGAGGGCGGCGGCGAGCCCGGCCGGAGCUUGUUGGAGUCGCCCGGGCUGACCAGCGGCAGCGACACCCCGCAGCAGGACAAUGAACAGCUGAACUCCGAAGAGAAGAAGAAGAGAAAGCAGAGAAGGAACCGGACUACCUUCAACAGCAGCCAGCUCCAGGCGUUAGAGAGAGUUUUUGAGCGGACACAUUACCCCGAUGCCUUUGUACGGGAAGACCUUGCUCGCAGAGUCAACCUAACUGAAGCAAGGGUCCAGGUGUGGUUCCAGAACCGGAGAGCAAAGUUCCGUCGGAACGAGCGGGCCAUGCUGGCCAGCAAGAACGCCUCUCUGCUCAAAUCCUACUCAGGGGACGUGACUGCUGUGGAGCAGCCCAUAGUACCUCGUCCAGCUCCAAGACCCACCGACUAUCUCUCCUGGGGUACUGCCUCGCCUUACAGUGCCAUGGCCACCUACUCCGCCACAUGCACCAACGCCAGCCCCGCGCAGGGCAUGAACAUGGCCAACAGUAUUGCCAACCUGAGACUGAAGGCAAAGGAAUAUAGUUUACAGAGGAAUCAAGUGCCCACAGUCAAUUAAUGACUGGAGGCUGCUGCCUCGCAGAAGGAGAGAACACAACAGCACCCGUCCUGCUUCGCAAUUUGUGCUGAAAGAAAAAGAAAAAAUUAAAAA